AUGGAAAGACUCAACCAAUUGAAAAACCAUAUAGUGUCUCCAAAGUCACAAGUUACCGCCCAAAGAGACGACGAUGUUGUCGUUGUUGCUGCUUACAGAACACCUAUUGCCAAAGGUUUGAAAGGUUCAUUCAAAGAUUUAGCCUCUGACGAACUAUUGUACAAGUUUCUUGUCAAGUUUCUAGAUACUGUUAAAGUUGACCCUUCAUUAAUUGAAGAUGUUGCAUGUGGUAACGUUUUAAACUUGGGUGCUGGUGCCACUGAACAUCGUGCUGCUUGUAUUGCUGCUGGUAUCCCUGACACUGCUGGAUUCCUUGCAAUCAAUAGACAAUGUUCUUCUUCUUUAACCGCUGUUAAUGAUAUCGCAAAUAAGAUCAAGGUUGGUCAAAUCAAAAUUGGUUUAGCUCUAGGUGCUGAAUCAAUGUCUAGUAACUAUGGUCCAAGAAAUAUGGCCAAAUUAUCCCCAUUUUUACACAAUCAUCCCGAAGGUAAAAAAUGUGAGAUUCCAAUGGGUAUCACCAAUGAGAAUAUCGCUUUCAAUUUUGAUGUCUCAAGAAAAGCUCAAGAUGAGUUUGCUGCACAAUCUUAUAAUAAAGCUGAAGCUGCUGUUGCCAAUGGGUUAUUUAAAGAGGAAAUCUUACCAAUUGAAGUUGAUAUCAAAUUACCAAAUGAAGAUGAAGAUGACGAAGAUGAGGAUGAAAAACCUGCAAAGACUAAAAGAGUUUUAGUUACUACUGAUGAAGGUCCAAGAAAAGGUGUUACUCCAGAAUCUUUAGGUAAGAUUAGACCAGCUUUUAAGAAAGAUGGUACAACCCAUGCAGGUAAUGCUUCACAGAUUUCCGAUGGUGCUUCUGGUGUUUUGUUAACUAGACGUGAUGUUGCCAAAGAAUUAGGUUUACCAAUCUUGGGUAAAUAUGUUAAUUUCAAAUGUGUUGGUGUUCCUCCAGAAAUUAUGGGUGUUGGUCCAGCUUAUGCCAUUCCAGCUGUUUUAACUGCUGCUGGAUUAUCAGUUGAUGAUAUCGAUGUCUAUGAAAUUAAUGAAGCUUUUGCAGCUCAAGCUCUUUAUAGUGUUCACAAAGUUGGUAUAGAUCCAAAGAAAGUUAACCCAAGAGGUGGUGCUAUUGCUCUGGGUCAUCCUUUGGCCGUCACUGGUGCUAGACAAGUUGCCACCAUUUUCAGAGAAUUGAAACCUGGCCAAAUUGGUGUCACUAGUAUGUGUAUUGGUACAGGUAUGGGUGCUGCUGCAGUCUUUGUCAAGGAGUAA